AUCGAUGCUUGCUGGUCGCAUCUGGAUGUAUGCUCUAUGAUGAACUUGAAUGCACGGACCGUUAAAUCGUUAAAUAGGAUCUCAUUAUGUAAGCAAAUCUGGAAUUUCAUAAACAGUAAUAAACACUUGCUUAAUAAUUGACCUCUCAACUCCUCACUCGAUUGAAUACCUAGACCACGGCCUUAAUGAAUCGCUUUAAUAUUAUGGCUUGCCAUUUUCCGUGACCGAAACAUUGCCGAAAUCUUUCAUAGCGUUUACGCGUCUAGUCGAGUUGGGUAUGAUAUUAGUCCAGCAAUGCCUACAGAGCUUCCGAUCCUCACUAUUGCCAACGCGGCCGCGUGGUCAAACUGGCCAUUUCGUAGCGCUGUUACAUCUAAGGGCGUCUGGCUGACCCUGGCCAAGAAGGGUGCCAUAGCCCCGACCUCGCUCACGUACGCCCAAGCACUUGAUGAAGCACUCUGUCACGGAUGGAUUGACGGACAGGCCCGCAAGGGCGAUGGAGAGAACGCGCUUACGUCCUACGCCCAGCGGUUCACGCCCCGCGCGCCGCGGAGCAGCUGGUCGAAACGAAAUGUCGAACAUGUAGCACGUCUUGAACGCGAGGGGCGAAUGGCAGAUGCGGGACGACGCGUCAUCGAGGCCGCCAAAGCAGACGGGCGCUGGGAAUCCGCAUACGCGGGUCAAGCAACGGCGGAGCUACCAGAAGAGUUCCUCAUCGCAGUUGCGGCCGUGCCCGCAGCACAAGCCGCCUUUGAGGCAUUGUCGCGACAGAAUCGCUUCCUAAUGUACUAUCGCUUGAAAUCGCUGAAGACUCAAGCUGGACGCGAGAAGAGAAUUUCUGCAUUUGUUGACAUGUUAGCCCGUGGCGAGGUGCCGUAUUCGCAGAAACAAUCUGUGCGGUCUUCGAGUCCAGCGACGUCAAAUAGUAGUUCAACUAGAAGAGAGAAGAAACCAUCUGUAUCUGACAUUCGCCAAGCCGUUCGCAGGUCUGCGCGCGUGUCUCAACGCACAAGACGGCCUUCCUAACAGAUAGAGUGUGCCAUCAAGGACGACACAAUAUUAUAGGGGUUCGACUUCAACCUAAUAUGAACCCCUCGUUAACAAUAGGUACCUGCUAGCGGGGGUGGGGUUACGUGUAAAUAAGAUGAACCCAGCUUUACUAUUGCAUCAAGCCAGAGAUUACAGAUCUGCUGUGAAGCAUUCAGCCGAUAACUCUCGCUUCGCUCCAUCAACUCGCUAUGGCUGCCCUUGUCUACAAUUUUUCCUCCUUCCACGACUAAAAUGACGUCGGCUUUUUGAAUGCAUCCAAAGCGCUUGACGGUUC